AUGGAACUGGAUCGAAGCAAAGUGGAAGAGUGCUUCCAGGUUCUGGCAUUGGAGGUGCCUGCCCGGCGAACUGGUGAGUUUCUGAAGAGGCUGGGACAACAUUUGCUGAACUUGCCGCGGAGAAAGAAUGUCGAGUCUGCUUCUGGUGGCUCCAAGCUGAUCCUCCUCUCAAGGACGGUGUCAGAUAUCAAGCAACUUCCUGAACAAGAAUGGCUCCAAGAACAGGUCACUUCGGGUGCCGUGAAGCUCUCGACCUUCGAAGUCACUUUGGGCUACGAACACUUCACCGCAGAGGAAGUCUUGAGGAAGCUGCUGCCUGCUGGUAUGGAGAUCCCUUCUUCGUUUGAGCAAGCUGGGCAUGUUGCCCAUCUCAAUCUUCGGGACUCGCAGCUGCCAUUCAAGAACCUCAUAGGCCAAGUCAUCCUUGACAAGAACAAGUCUGUAAAGACCGUGGUCAACAAGACGGGCAAGAUUGAAACAGAGUUUCGGACCUUUCCCAUGGAGCGCCUUGCUGGAGAAGAGUCCACUGUUGUGCGACUGAAGGAGCAUCAAUGCAUUUUUGAGUUCGAAUACCAAGAUGUCUAUUGGAACUCUCGAUUGCAGGAGGAGCAUGGUCGCUUGAUAGAGGCCUUGUUUCUCCAACCUUCUACAGCCACAGCUACAGCGCAGCCAGUUCUGGCAGAUUGCACCUGUGGGGUUGGACCAUUUUCUAUACCCAUCGUGAAGCUGGCCAAUGGGGUGGUUUGUCAUGCGAAUGACUUGAAUCCCUCAUCAAUCCAUUGGCUUCUCAAGAGUGUGGAGCUGAACAAGUUGCCUUAUGUGAUGGAUGUGGAUGAGCUGCCUUGCUACGGAGAGGAGUUUCAAGCACCUUCCGUUGGUUCUCUCCUGGUCAGUCACAAGCCUGGCGAUGCUCGGGAAUUCAUUCCUGAGCUCUUCAACAAGAGGCAUCCGGUGACGCAUGCCAUUUUCAAUCUGCCAGCUGCUGGAGUCGAACUUCUCGAUUGCUUUCGUGGCCUCAACUAUGUGAAGUUUGGCUUGCCCAGACCCUUAGUAUGCUGCUAUACCUUCAGUGAUGCAGCAGUGGAUUCGGAUGGUGCUGAUGGAUGCGUUUCUGACCUGCUGAAUCGGCUUGGGAAGGCCUUAGCGCUCACUCCCGAGCGGAUGCACUACAUAGAUUCCGGGAGGGGCCGCCUGCCAUUGCCAUCACCUGAAGUGAGCAAAAUGGUGGACGAGGCCUUCCUGUCAGCAGAGAGUCAGCAGAUUUCUGUUUCCGUGCGGCUGGUACGCAACGUUGUGAUGACGUGGGACGUCUUCACGGGCAUGAGGAAGCGAACACUUCGGGGCCAUGAGAUGGGUGUCCGGUGCAUGGCCUUUGCGACUUCGACAAAGGUCCUGGUCACGGGUGGUUAUGACUACAAUCUCUUCGUCUGGAACCCCUAUGUGGGUAAGUCCAUCCACACGAUCCAUGGCCACUCAGCUCCCAUUGUGGGCAUAGAAGUGCUUGGAGCCUCUUCAAACCAGGUGGUGAGCGCAGAUUCUGAAGGUUUUGUGAAGACCUGGGAUCUUGGAACCUACCAGAUGAUCCAAUCCUUUGUCGUGGAUGAGAUCACGAUUCUGCGUGCCUUUGUUUCCAUCCCCAGUUCAAAGAGGGUCAUUGCCGUGGAUAGAGAGUUCGUUGCCUUUGACUACCAGAAUACAGGGAUUGCGGACCAAACUGAAGAAGAGCCCCUGAUCAAGGUCUUCUACAAUGAGCGACUGAAGGUUUUUGUGAGUGGUACGAUAAAUGCAGUGAAGAUUUGGGAUGCAGUGACUGGCGCAAUCAAGGUGGUGAUCACGCACAAGGAUGCUGAGAUCACUGAUUUCUGUUUUGAUGACAGGGGGCGAAAGCUCUUCGUGUCAGAUCACCUUGGGAAAAUCCAUGUCUACCAUUCCUCAACUGGCUGUUUGGUGAAGAAGCUCACCAAUCAUGCCAAAGAGGUAUCAGGCAUGAUAUAUUGUCAAGGGGACAAGAAUAUCAUCACUGUGUCUUGGGACCGCUCUAUCGUGGUUCACGAUGAGUCAAACAAGACGGAAGUGGUCCAUCGAAGGGCUACUAAUUCUCACAAGGGCGACAUCACCUGUGUGGCUUACAGUCGCCACUUGGGACUGAUCGCGACUGGAUCUACAGAUUGCGUGAUUGCAGUUCGAGAGUACUUGAAACUCCGAAUUCUGGCAUGCCUUCUCGGUCAUAAAACAGAUGUCACGGCAUUGGCAUUUGUGGAGCCGUAUCCUUUGUUGGUUUCUGCCGAUUUCGGUGGAAACGUGGCAGUCUGGGCUCUGCCGACCAUCUCAGGAAAGGACCACAAGCUGGGCUCUUGGGCUGUGGCUCGGGGGGCUGAUCAGCCGUUGGUGCGGCAAGGCAUUUCCUGGAAAGCUCACAGCGAUAGCCUGCGGACGUUGAAGGUCUACAGCAACCCACCGUGUGUGGUGACCGCUGGCCUGAAGCUCAAGGUACUGAUGCAAACAAAUCACACUUGUAAACAACUGGCAUCAACUGGCAUAUAA